UUUGAUUUUUUUGUGUCGAUAUACGAAAAUAUCGAUUGAUUGUGGAGAAGCCGAUAACCGUUCUUGAUUGGAUGGGAAAAGAUUACAUCAUCAGUGAUCUGACCAAUGUGAGGAGGGGUGACAGUGGAGGGUGUGGCGGUUGUCAUGGAAACCUCUCCUGUACUCAAAGAAAAUAAUGCCGGUGGGGAAGACACUAGCAAAGCACCAGUCAAAGAUGGAGGUGUUAGAAGGAAGAAGAUAAAGAAAAACAAAAAGCCUGUGAAGAAGGCGUUGAACAAGAUCACGAGCAACGCAGUGGUGGAUAUUAUCGUCCAGGGUGCACCCCCCAGACGCAAGGGUGGACGUAAUCGAGGUGCUGGGGUGUUGCGCAAGAAGGGGGAUGAUAUCAUCUCGUAUACCACAGACGAUGGAGUGAAAUAUAGACCUGGAGAUUGUGUGUACAUCGAAAACAACCGCCCCGACCAGCCCUACUACGUGUGUGCAGUCAAGUAUUUCCGAGUGACUAAGAGGGACACGCUAGUGGUUCACAUCAAGUGGUUUUUCCGCCUGUCUGAAGUACCGGAGUCUGUCUAUCAACCGCUGGUUCAGGAUCGCCACACAGAGAAUCACACUGGCCGUGAUUCUGCGUUGAAAGAUCCGUUGGUUCGGUCCCGAGAGCUCUUUAUAUCGGAUGCAACGGAUACCUACCCAGUCACAGCUCUACGCGGGAAGUGCACAGUAGCCCACUACCAGGACAUAUACUCGGCCAAGGAUCUCGAGCCCAAACCCGACCACUUCUUCUACGUCCUCGGGUAUAACCCUGAGACCAAGAGACUGGCGACAACGCAGGGUGAGAUCCGGGUGGGCUCGAGCCAUCAGGCUCGACUGCCGGAGUAUAAGCCGGAUGUCCGCCCACCCGACAUGCCGGAGAGCUGUGACAAGCAUGAAGAUCUCAAAUGGCAGCCGUUGUGUGUCAUGGAUGGCGAUCUCAUCAUGUACCUCCGUGCAGCAAGGAGUAUCGCCGCCUUCGCAGGGAUGUGUGAUGGAGGCUCCACGGAGGAUGGUUGCCAGGCAGCGUCCAUGGACGACCAGCGUCCAUGGAACGAGACCACCAUCAAUGCCAUGGACAUACUGCACGACUACAAGUACGACACUGGGAAGUCGCUGCAAGCCCUCGUCCGAAGUCCAGCGCUACGCAGCAUUGAGAAGAAGUGGACAGAGGAUGACUCGAAACGGUUCAUCAAGGGUCUGAGGCAAUAUGGCAAGAACUUCUUUAAGAUCAGGAAAGAAUUGUUGCCUCAUCGAGACACGGCUGACCUGGUGGAAUAUUACUACUUCUGGAAGAAAACUCCGUCUGCAGCAUCAAAUCGACCUCAUCGGCGACAUCGGCGCUCCGGACUGAAGAGCCAGACCACGAGGUCGACCAGCCAGCCCAGCGGCGACUACUUGGACCAAAGCUCAGCCAGUGAGGUGUCGGAGGAUUCGGACGACAGCGAUGGAGGACGGGACUUGACCACGUACGCCUGCAGGAAAUGUUUCACAACAACCUCCAAGGACUGGCACCAUGCCGGUAAAGACAAGGCCCUCCUGUGCACGCAGUGUCGGCUCUUCUUUAAGAAAUAUGGGGAGGAACGGCCCAUAGACCGGCCCCGCGAACCCCCGGCAUUCCUGUUUAAACCGUACAGGAAGAACGCCAACUGUGACAACAUUAACGGCAAACACAACAUGAGAACAAGGAGAAGCAACAACACGGGAAAUAAAGGAAAGAAGAAAGACAGAUUGAGUACAAGUAGCCCUGACAUUGUUGAUAGCCCAGUAAACGGAGCAAGCACCCAGAAAGGUCGCAUUUCUCCAGGAACAGUAAGCACUUGCAGUAGUAGCAGCAGCACGGAUAAAGAUAGCAAGAGAAAGUCCACAAACAAGGAUCGAUUGUUGAGUGGCAGAAAACGUCUCAAUAACUCAGAGACUGAGGACGGGAAACUUUCCAAGAAGAAGAAACCUCAGGAACGGUCCGAUUCGGAUUCUCUCUCAGACAGCAGCAGUAACGAGGACGACGAGAUCGAGGCUGAUGCCGACCUUGAAGAGGUCAAUCAGGACGAUCUGAGUUCGAGUUCACCGCCGUCAACACCAAGUCCGAUCGACAACGAGGAAUUUAAACUGCAGAAAGACUGCAUCAAACCAGCACCCCAACUCCCAGUGCAAUCACCUUCCCAUCAUUCUCUGCUGUAUCAAACUGUUGGCGAGAAUCAUAUGAAUCUACCACAGCGACAGUCCCCUGUUACCGUGGGCCCCGCCCACCCAGUUCCCCUGGUGCCUGUUCUAGAGGGCACCACCAGUCCACUUCCUGUUUUACAGGAGCCGACAUUGAGGUCCGAACUGCACCCAUCAACACCAUCAGCAGUAACAGUGCCGGCCCUCCUCCCUGCACAACCAUCGCUCACAAUACCCCCAGCAUCACAAUCCCUGGCCCCAUCACAGCCCCUUCCCUCCACGACACAAUCACCAACCACCCCAGUAUCACAACCCCAUCCAUUCCAGCCUGUAUAUGCCACUCCGCUACCCCAAUCACAACCUCCGCCCCCCCACCCCUAUUGCCGUCCCUGCCCAACACAAACCCCACUCCCCCCAGUGCCAGGUUUGAUUCCCAUCAAGCAGGAACCCAAGUCUCCGCCUCGUGCUCGCACGUGGGAAGAAACAAUAAACAAGGCAGUCGAUAACGGAAUCACCAAUCCUCAUCAAGCAGACGUCAAACCCCCAUCAUUCAACAUGAGCAUAGACUCACGAAUAGACUCAAGAAUAGACUCACGAAUAGACUCUCGUUUAGACACUCGUGUAGAUUCUCGUCUAGAUUCUCGCGUAGAUUCUCGCCUAGACUCUCGAAUAGAUCCUCGAAUAGACUCUCAUAUUGACUCUCGAAUAGACUCUCGCAUUGACCCUGAUAGGGUCCGGAUGCAAGUGAAGCUCGAAGAAAGGGAUGUGCCCAGCUUCCUCCCGUCUGUGCCCGCCCCGGUGCGGACCUCAACUCCGAACCCCGCUCCAACCUCCAUCCCCGUCCAUCCCUCACAACCAACAAUCGAGGGUCCUGGUCUCACCCCAAGUGUUGUCAUGGAAACAGAACCACCAUCAUCCAAUGCACAGCCAGAGCCUGAAGUGGUGCAAAUUGACCAAGAUGAUGAUGAGAGUGAUGAUGAUCGAACGGGGACUUUGAGCCCUGGCCCCGAUCCAACACCGUGUAGUAAGGAGGUUCAUCGAAGCAAGGCCGCAAUAUUCAUCCAGAUCCUUAACCGUGGAGCCAACAACUCCUGUUCCCGAUGUGACCUCGUCUUCCGGCCGUUCCCAAACUCCAGCCUGGCCAAAAAGCGAGAAGAUCGGGAACGAAAGUCCUCCCAGCCAACACAACCAGUACGAGAGGAGAAACCAGCGGCGGCAGCAGCAGCAGCAGCAGCAGCAGCAGCAGCAAUCAAACGCACGGAGACCCCGCCCCGGUCACACUCCGUCGAGGCGCACGUCUCCAGCUCUCACUCUCAGUCCACUCCGUACGCAGAGAGACACACACCCAGGUCGUCCCUCUACACAGACACGCCCGCUCUCCGGCAGCUCAGCGAGUACGCUCGCCCUCACGCAAUGUCCAGUCAAGAUAUACCACGCUCAGUGCCCUACACUGUUGGUGGUAUGGGGAUCCCCCAGCAGAUGGACCCCAUGAUGAGCUACAGACUUGCGAUGUAUCCCCCAGGAUCUCGGGAAAGGCUGGAGCUUGAACUCGAGCGAGACAAGCGGGAACGAGACGCCCGGGAAAGGGACCUUCGGGAACGAGAAUUACGGGACAUGGAGUUGCGAGAAAAAAUGAAGGCGGAAAUGGAAAUGAAACCGCCAGGUACGCCGAUGUCCAAACUAGGUUUGGAUCGUCUGGUCCCACACGGAGCGAAUCCCUUGGAUCCUCAUUGGUUGGAAUUGCAGCGUCGCUAUGGUUACCCGCCCGGUGCCCCCUUGGUGCCAGCUCACACAGGUAGCUCUAGCAGCAGCACCCCCCAUAUACCAGGUGUGUAUCCGCCCGCCAGCCUUGCUAGUGACUUGAUGGCGCGGGAACGAGAGAAGCUGGAUCGACUCGGCUUCCCACCACACGUCUUUGGAGCCCUCAGUCAUCGGGAACAGCUACUUCUUCACGGCGAGAUUGAGCGUGCAUCGGCAGCGGAGAGACUUCACGCGGAACGUCUGAUGUUGGCCUCGGCAGACCCUGUACUGCGGAUGCAGAUGGGAGUGGCGGCCGCCAACAAUGCAGCCAUGCAUGCCCACACGCACACACAUGCACACUCGCACACUCAUCUCCAUCUCCACCCAGACAACCCGAACGGAACAACGCCCUCUUCCUCCGGCCUCCAUCCUCUCAUAUCUCCGCAUAUAUACCCGCCUGUAGCUCCAGAUAUUCUGCAAACUGAUCACAUGACUGGGCGAAUGAUUUACCAAUUUUACUCCCAACGCCUCACAAACGAACACAUCUACAUGCAAAGAGUCACUAACGAGUGUUAUCUCCGCGCACAGAAAGAUAGGGGCAACGCGGGGGUAGACCCAGCACAUUUGGUCUAUCAGUUUUCUCGUGCUGACCCCAUGUCAGGGGUGCCGAGUCAGGCGGCAGUGGCAGCGGCGGCAGCAGCGAGUGGUCAGAACCAUGCGUUGCCGUCGUUGCAGCAUGGGAUCUCCCCCCAUGGGAUCCUCCCCGGCAGCAGGGAACAAGAGCUGCUUCAGCGAGAGCUCUAUAGUCGGGCGUACAUGGAUCCCACUCUCGCACAUCAGCUGUCGGCAGCCCAGGCUGCUGCUCAUCAUGAUGCUCUACAGAGACAGCUGGCUCUGGAGAGAGAUCGCUAUGGCAACACUGGCCAUCUGCCUCACUGAUUGGUUGUCCGGUGAAGAUGUCAAAGGUCAUUUAUCGUAUUCAAGGCUGUGGAUAAAGGAGGUGUGAUGUUGUGACAGAUACACGGUGUAAUGUGUGACAUGUCGUGCAUGUCGGUGUACAUGCAGAUAUAUACACCAGUGCUGAAAGCUGUACAUUUCAAUGUUUAUUUCAAGUGGAUGGAGUAACAUAGCAUAUCAAAUACUCGAGUGUGUGUCAGUGCCGAAAUCCAUCACACCGUGGAUGUUGUUGGGGAGGAUACCGGAAUACCCAGGCUGUGAUUGUGUAAAAGUGUCAUAUCGUCAAAUAGUGUUACAGGCGACAACUCUUGAUAUGAAAGCAACUGACAAUGGGUUCUCUGGUCGGAUUCACUGGCACACGUGCCAGGCUCGCAGCAAGACCACACAGGUGGUCAGGUGACAGAUCACGUGAUAAAUCACGUGAUCAGACUGUACAACGCCAAAUCUCUGCAGUACAUUGGACGAUACAGCUGCAGAUGGAUAUCUGUGUAUUUAUUGAUAAUAAGCAUAUCACACAUGCUUAAUGGUGCCAUUGCAUGAAGUAAUGCAUCGUGAACAAUCAAAACCCUCCCAUCUCCCAGGACGUUUGUUGAUCUAAGUCUUGUGGCGGCCUAUUGGUUGCCGCAACAUUCUCAUCUGUGUUCAUAUAGUUACCAUAGCAACAUUUCUCUUCAUUGAAGUCAUUGUGUACGUACGUCAUCAUCAUGAAAGGGGAGAUAACUCUUUAGGACGAGUCAUCUCGGGAGGUAGAUACUGUACGGUCAUGUUUGUGACAUAUUGUAUUGAAUGAUCAAGGAAAACAAAUAUAUUCUUUGUGUCUGUUGGAAAUAUCAAAAUGUUAUUUAUGCAACAUUUUUAUUUAAUUUUUUAAAUAGAUUUUUAAUAGUUCCCAUUAAGAUUAAAGCUGAUUCCGAUACUAGAUAUAAUUGUAUUGGUAUUUGCCCAACUGAGGUUCAAUGAAAUGCGUGAAACUUGAUUUAUUGUUCUCAAUAUCAGUGUAGAAAGACCAGCUUUCAUUCUAACCACAAUUCUUAUCCUACACACAAUUACUUGGUAUUGCUGGGUCUGUUCCUUUUAUUCAUAACAAGAUCAGUAGGUGGUUCAGCAAAGCAAAGUACCUUCUUGUCAACCCCAAAUAUUAUUCCAAAGUACAAUUUCAAAAAUUGUUUCUCAGGCACGAGUAGUUGACAACCGGUUUUAUUUCAUACAGAAAGUAACCAAGGGUUUCUUUUCAUUUUUUGUCUGAAACAGAAAUAAAAUGCUUUCAUAUUUGAGGAGUGUUUUUGGUAUAUUGUACUGCCUGAGAAGCCUUUGUUUUCAUGUUUGUGGAACUGGCAGCAUGUUCACUCUGUGAAGGAUACCGAGACCUUCGAUUCUCAUGGGGACCUAGUCCUGUCUCGAUUCUGACGAAGAACAUACAAGACGGCAUCAACUGCUCAACACCUCCUCAUAUAAAACUACCCAGAUUUAAGGAAACAUGUUUAAGUAGAUUCUGUGUUUUGAGCAGUGUCUGGAGUUCAGAUCAGUAUAAGAUAAAUAUGAGAUCAGACUACAAAACCGUUUUAACUUCAUUUUCAUUUGUUUGUUAUGAACGGUAUUCCCAGCUCUCAAAUGUUGUUCAAGUGGCGUUCAUAAUUUAUGUUUUCCUCAUUUCACAACUGUUGUGUAUGAGGAGUAUGUAUCAUUUCAAAAUCCAAUUCCCCUGAUGUCAUGAAAUCUCUGAUAUGGUGAUGAGUUGUCCCCCUUUGACCACGUAUUCUUAGGCAGCAGCUAGAUUCUCCAUUGUUUCAACUCCAUGUAUUAAACUCUCUCCUCCAAACCAUGAAAUUUUAAACUGUCAUUGUAUGUGUACAAUCUUAUUUUUAUCCCCAAGAUGUAAAAAGUUUUGUAUAAAGAUUUCUCUAUGAAAUGUAAAUUGCACUCCGAUUUUCAACAGAAUGUCUGGUGGUUUAAUGUAUUGGGGCAACCUGACCUCUCAGUCUCACACGCAAGAAUGGAUGCUUCUUAAGUAGAACUGAAGAAAUAUGGACUACAAUGAAUAAAUACUACCAGAUUAUUUAACAAGUAAAUCAUAUUACCUUCGGGUUAGUGAAAUAUGGACAGUUCAAGAAUUGUUGACAAUAAUUGUUUCAUGUGGUGACAAGUAUUUUUCGGAGAAAGGUCAAAACCUCGGUAAGUUAAUGUGGCAAAAGUUUAUUACGACUUUAUGGAACUAAUGUCAGAGUGAAUUGGCAUAAUACCGUAGAGAGAGGCUCUGCUUGUGUGUGAGACGAGUUGUGCAGUGUUGCUUCCAUCGAGGGGCUCUCUGUACAGUCACGUGACUCUGACGGCGCCCCCUGGUGGCCGACUUCCGUGUACAUACUGCAUCAUUGUGUGAGCACUGCACUGGUCGGUUAUAGUGCCAACAUCUAGCUCAUCAAUAAAAUUUGCUUCAGUCA